AUGGGCCAUAUGGCUCAAUCUGCCGAUGUGCGUGCCUUCCGGGUUGAGGUUGUUGUGUUUGGGAUGAUAGAGUGGGCGAUUGGUGUUGCUUUGGCCCUAAUCAGGGUUGAGAUUAGAGAGCACCAGGAGUUGAUUGAUGGCCACAAGAUGGCUCUAGAUGCUUUUAUAGUGAGGGUUGAGAUGUUAUUCGGCGUAGUUGAGAUCCUCAACAUCCCAAGCGCAAAUGUUCCUACCAGUUCAGAGAUUCCUCUGCCUACUACGACCGGAGAUGUUGAUAGAGAGAGCACAACUAUUGAGUCUGACUCAGAGACUGAUGAGAAGGAGCUCGAUAUUAGAGACGCAGCCAUGUAUGAUGAUCUAGCAGAUCUGGAGGGCAUCAUGGUCGAGAUAGCUAGGCAGGCAUCUCUUAGGGAGACGUCGAUGGUGAGUUCUAGCAGAGCCAAGGAUGCUACUUAG